AUGAAAGAAUUUAUGAAGUUGACUACAAGUCAGGGCUGGAUAGGAAUUUUGAGAGUUAGAAGUCUGACAUGUUGCUGUCAAAACAUAAAAUUAUUGAAGGAAUCAAUAGCGUUCAAUAACUUUUGCAAUACGCACACAGAUCACCGCUCUCAGCUUGAUGGCGAUGAACACUUGAAAGAUAAGAUUUUUCAUCCUUCGCAUUGUACUCUUCAUCAUAUUCUUUACUUCGCUCUUUCCAUGACGUUAAUGUUGAUAGAUCAUGUAACAUUCACCCAGCCAUCAACCUAG